ACUAAAUUAAAAAAAUUACAAAAUAUUUGGAAAAGAAAUGAAAUUUUCCCAUAAAAUAAAAUAUUCUUUCUCCGUGCACAAUAAAUAACUCAACUUGGGAAAGGCUCAACAAAAUAUUUUUCUAAAAAAAUAUAAAAAUAUAUAAACAUUUUUGAAGUUUUCUCAUCCACUUUGAAUACGAAAAUGGGGGAUGCCGAAAUUCUAGGCUCGGUCCAGAAAAUGUUCAAAUACGGCCGAGUGUUCGGCCACAAUCCUUGGCAGAUCAACGAAUCAUACGAAAUGAAAUUGGAACUUCUGCCCUCUUUAUACUCAGCGUUUGUAGUGUGCCUGUUAGCUUUCAACUUUGCUUACCUCUCAAUUUGGCUCUUCAUUGUCAAAUCCGAAGAGGGCACACUCAACUCACUCGAAACUAUGUACUACUACUACAAGAUAAUGGAAGGCUUUACAUCGUUACUAUCGUUCACUUACUACAUAAGAGGAUAUCACAGAAUGGUUGUUAGACUCAGAUUAUUUUUCAAAUGUACACAACUGAUAAAAAAAUAUCAGAUACCUCUUGAGGUUGACUCUGACGAGCAACAUUAUAUUCUACUAAUAUUCGUUGGAAUUCUGUAUGUGACAAUUCUGAUCGCUGACUUUUUCAUAUGUAUUUAUUGGAAUAACGUCGAUUUAACCGUAACUUCUUGGUUGUUGGGUAUAUUUACAAUACUUUUCAACAGGUUCAGUCUAGUUCAGUUCAUAGUGAUUUUCGAUUUCAAUGGAAAACUUUUCUCGGCUUUCAACCGUGAAAUUAGGAAUAUUAACACUCGCAAACAUAACAUCAAUGAUGAGGGGGAAACAAUAUUCUUCACAGCUAAAGAACGAGUGAGAACUGUGUUUUAUCUUUACGAUACAUUUGUGUACAUGGUAGAACAGGGUAUCAUUGACAGCAAUAUUCUCAUUUUGUCUCAAAUACUUUCCAGUAUUAUAGGGUUGACCGGGUUUUUGUAUUCGAAUUUUGUGCUGAUUAUUAAUUAUGUGUUUAAAAAUGAGGAAUUUCAGUGGCUGAUAUUCGUCCAGAGCCUGUAUUGGUCGGUGUUUAUUUUCGCCACCAUUGCUAUUAUGAUUUUUACUAGUAGUCAUAGUGUGGAAGUGUGUAAUGACAUGGCAAUGGCAAUACAUGAAGUACUUUGUGAAGAAGAUUCAUUUCUUAUAGCUGAUGAGUUGGAAAAUUUUUCGUUACAACUGCUGCAUAAGAAAAUCGAUGUCUCUGUUUUUGGAUUAUUUCAAAUUGAUUCACAUCUUCUUGGAUCGAUGAUAGUAGCUACAAUAACGUUCCUCGUCAUUCUGAUCCAGUCUUAAAUUCAAUUUAAGAUCCUAUAUAUAUAUUGCAGCGAUAGUUGAAAAAUUCUUAUAAAAAUUGAAGUUUUCUAGUGUUUUUUGUCUUCAAAUUAUAA